UAGGAUUCCGAUGAUAUACCCGCCCCGAUAAGUUAUCGAGUAUCCGCAGCUUGGUUUGUUGUGGUCCGAUCCUCCUGUUCUUUCACCAUUAUUUCUCAUUCACCCUUCAGCUGGGGAGUUUCCUAUAGUGAGGACGAUGAGUGGUUAGCCGGCUACACACAGACCAACCUGCAGAAUGCUCCUGCGGCUGCCCAUUUUGGCGGCGCGCUUUUUGCACAACGGAAGACUGCGUCUUCUGUUCGGCAUUCUCGUCCUGGCCCUGAUUGGCGGCCUUACGUACGUCCUCACCUGGGAAAAUGAAUAUUACCCUUGCUUCAUGGAAGGCCAAGGAAUGGCGACUCAGCAGGCGGCAGUCGAGGAUGCAGAUUCGAGUAUCCUGGAGGACGUUCUGCAGGCGGAGCCGAAGCCCACGCCCGGAAGGAGCAUAUUCUUUCAUGAGACCAGCUGCCACCUGUCCGACAAUAGGCGGCUUGAGAAGCUGAAGGUCACCGCCCGCCAGGCCUGCGCAAUCGAGUCCGCAGCAUUGCAUAAUCCGAAUUUUCAAGUGUUCGUCCUGUUCGCCGGCCCCACCUACCGAAUCUCCACCGGCGGGCGGAACAACAGCCAUCCCCAGACCCUGGUGGAGGCCAUUCUCAGCUACAGCAAUGUGCAUCUGCGGCGUCUGAAUCUCGAGAGCUACACUGCUGGCACGCCAAUGGAGGAGUGGCUCAAAGACGGACGCUUGUCACGAUCAAGAUAUUUGUUCUCACACAUUUCGGAUUUCCUGCGCUAUCUCACGCUAUAUCGCUACGGCGGUCUUUAUCUGGAUAUGGAUGUGGUGGUGCUACGCAACAUGGAAAAGGUGCCGCCCAACUACACAGGGGCCGAGUCCAAUACUCAUUUGGCCGCUGGCGUUAUGAGCCUGGCAGCAACUGGCUUCGGACAUGAGAUUGCCGCGUCGUGCCUGCGCGACUUUCAACACAACUUCGACGGCCGAGACUGGGGUAACAAUGGACCAGGAGUGAUAACUCGUGUGGCCCAGAAAAUAUGUAGCACAAAGGAUAUUGGCCUAAUGCAGGAGGAUCCGAAACGCUGUAUGGGAUUUAAGGUAUUUGGGAGGGGAGCCUUUUACGCUGUGCCAUGGAAGCACUGGCGCGAUUUCUUUGAGCCGGAAAAGUUUGAGGAGACAAUGGCUCGAUGCAAGGAUUCUUAUGUGGUGCAUGUGUGGAACAAGCACUCGAGCGCGCUGCCCAUCAAGCAAGGUUCAAAAAGCGCCUACGCCCAAUAUGCCGAGCAAAACUGCCCGCGAUCUUAUAAAGCUGCGGGCGAAUAUUUCUAGUAUUAAUCACUCAAGGGUUAUCAACUGUAUGUUUAUUUUGUACAAGAAUGUCCACCGCUGCAAACCAAAGAUUAGAUUCCCAUGAAAGGAUACCAUUAUUAGGUGGCAUUGCAUUCCUUUUGCUUUUUAGCAUUCCGCAUUUCAAGCGAUAACAGCUUACUUAAACGCACACAUCAUAAAGAAGCUCAAAAUGAACAAAAAAACUUGUCCCGAUCAUCGCAUUUUGUCCGAUUGCACCAUAUAUGUACUAAAAAACGGAUUAGAUUGCGAAUUGCGAUUGAAUCACAAAGAAAAGAAAACAAACGAACAAAAUUAAGAAUCCUCUGUGCUGUAAAAGAAAGCUUAGUUUACUAUGUUUGUCCCACAGUGCUUUAAUCUCAAAUGUACUCUUAACUAAGCUCGAGUAAGAUAUGAUUCUUGUCCAUCAUGUACAUAGUAUUUUACAAGAGAUAUUAUCACCGCCCCUAAAAAAGUCAGGUGAAUAAGGGGACUAACAACGUAGUCAGUGUGUAUACUAAUAAUUUGAUAAAAUAAAAUUAAAAUGGGAAAGCUUUUCCAAAAUAGCUAAA